GGCGAGUGGAAGGAAGGUCGCAGGCACGGCGUUGGGCAGCUGACGUUUGCUGACGGCACAGCUUACGUGGGGCACUUUGAGAAUGGGCUCUUCCAUGGCUGCGGGGUGCUCACCUUCUCUGAUNCACGCAGGUAUGAGGGGGAGUUUGUGCAGGGCAAGUUCAACGGCGUCGGCGUCUUCACCCGCUGUGACAAGAUGACUUUUGAGGGCGAGUUCAAAGGCGGACGUGUGUAUGGCUUUGGUGAGUGCCUGCUGCUGCGGCGGGAGAAGUGCCCGGCUGUCAUCCAGAGGGCCCAGGGUGCCUCCAAGUCUGCCCACAACCUGAUGGCGUGA